AUGGCUCCCAACAGUUCUAGCAGCACAGAUCUCAGGAACCACCAUUUGCACGGUGGGACUCAUAGUACAACUUCCGGCAAUGCUUCCGUUGAGACAGACUGUUCUGCUGGUUGCACCUACAAAGACUGCCGUUCCAAGUACCUUAAUAGGUGUCCUGACUUGUACUACUUGGAUUGCAACUGUGAUAAAAAUGAUUGCUGGUGCUACUACGGUAAUUAUUAG